AUGAAGGUCCUGAGUGUGGAGACAAAGUUUGAGGGCACAGAGAUGACUGGAGAAAGGACUGAGCUGGAGGAGACAGACAGGAGAGAUGGAGAGAAGGAAGAGUGGGCCUUGAAGCGAUUUGAACCCCAUGAUGCAGCUGCUUCUACGCCCAGUGGGGAUCUGCCCACGCCUGAGGACUUGUCCAUUCGGGGAGACCUGACUCCAGGGCCAGCCUCUGUCCCCUUAGCCUUCCUACCCGCCAAGCACGGCGACCGGCCGCAGCCAGAAGGGGCCAGCUCGGAUGCUGGAGUGGGCAGCGCCAGUUCUAGUCGAACUGCCUUGGGAGAGUGCAGCCCUGUGGUGGAACCCCAAAAAGGACUCCCCGAGGAACCCCUCAUCCUGGAGAGUUUGGAGCCUCGGGUUGUGAUGGGUGAAGAAACAAGCAGUGGUGGGCCCCAGCAGACCAUCACAGAGCUGCCCAAGGAGCCCCAGGCAGCAGAACCCCUGACAGUGACAGAUUCAGAGCUCAGGGACUUGGAGGGCAGGCGGGCUGGCCCCAGCCCACCCCCCGAGCUGCUCUCUCAGGGUGACCUCCCUGUGCCUUCCCCCCGCCUGGACCCAGACCCUUACUUCACAGCUCCUUCCACCCCCACCAAGGUGGCCUGUUCCUAUCUGUUCUCCCACUCUCUCUGCCUGAGUGAGGAACCCAGUGACACUGAGGUUGAUAUCCUCUGUUCACCACCCACAUCCCCCUCUGGCUCCUACAUCACUGCAGAGGGAGGCAGCUGGGCCUCUUCCAGCAGCUUUAGCACAUCCCCAUCAUGCUCCCCCAACCUGCUAAUGGAGACUGAGGGACUGGACUCUCCUGAGAAUGGGGACUUCUCCCCUCUCUGCUCCAAUGAGGAAGGCGGCCAAGAGAGUCCUCUUGGCGGGGCCUCUGACUCGGAUGACACGGAGCUCCUGCCUGCAGGGUCUCGGGACCAUCUCUCCUCGGAGUCGAGCCUCUCUGGGGACAGUGGCUCCUCCUGGAGCCCAGGGGGAAGGGGGGAUUCCUUCCCGGAUGUUGUCUUUCCCGGGAGCGAGCCGAUGAUCCCGGCCACCUUGCUACCUUUCAGAGGCAGUCUGAUCUUUGAGGCCGACGCUGUGGAAAUCAUGCUGUUGCCCCAGGAGGAAGCUCCGAGCAGAGAUAGUGAAGGUGAGGAUGACAGCACCUCAGCCUCCUUCUUGCAGUCCCUGUCAGAGACGUCCAUCAACGAGGGUGUGGAUGAGGCCUUUGCCUUCCGAGAUGACACUUCACCUGCCUCUUCGGACUCUGAUUCAGUUUCUUAUGCUGGGGAGGAGGAUGAGAGGCUCUACAGUGAAGAGCCCCAUGCCCAGCCUCCGCUCCCUCUCUGGCUCAGGUCCCCAGAGUCUGGGGAUAGCUUAGCUGAGAAGGAGGAGGAAGUAGUAUCUGCACAGCUCCCAGCCCAGUGCGCAGGGCUCAAUUUAGGGGUGGAGCCUGCUGCCAUGGCAUCGACCCCUCAGUCCCUCCAAGAAACGGAUCUAGAGCCCAUUGCAGUGACAACAUCCCAGGCCCUACAAGAAGCAGCAGACCUAGAACCCAGUGCUAUGUCAGUGACCUCUCAGACCCUCCAAGAAACAGCAAGCCUAGAACCCAUUUCCACAAAGACAUCUCAGGCCAUACAAGAAGCAGUAAAUCCAGAACCCAUUGCCACAGAGACAUCCCAGGCCCUACAGGAAACAGCAGAUCUAGAACCCAUUGCUGUGUUAGUGUCCCCUCAGACCCUACAAGAAACUGCAAGGCUAGAACCCAUUUCCAUGAAGCCAUCUCAGGCCAUACAAGAAGCACCAGAUCUAGAACCCAUGGCCACGAAGACAUCCCAGACCCUACAAGAAGCAGCAGAUCUAGAACCCAUCACCAUGACAGCAUCUCAGGCCCUACAAGAAGCAGCAGGCCUAGAACCCAUUGCCACAAAGACACUGCAGGCCCUACAAGAAGCAGCAGGUAUAGAAACCAUUGCCACGAAGAUAUCAGAGACCCUACAAGAAGCAGCAGAUCUAGAACCCGUUGCCAUGAAGACAUCUCAGGCCCUACAAGAAACAGACCUAGAAACCAUUGCUGUGAAGACAUCUCAUACCCUAAAAGAAAUAGUAGGCUUAGAACCCAUCGCCAUGAAAACAUCCCAGGCCCUACAAGAAGAAGCAGACCUCGAACCCAUCGCCAUGAAGACAUCCCAGGCCCUACAAGAAGAAGCAGGCCUCAAACCCAUCGCCAUGAAGACAUCUCAGGCCCUACAAGAAGAAGCAGGCCUCGAACCCAUCGCCAUGAAGACAUCUCAUACCCUAAAAGAAAUAGUAGGCUUAGAACCCAUCGCCAUGAAAACAUCCCAGGCCCUACAAGAAGAAGCAGGCCUCAAACCCAUCGCCAUGAAGACAUCUCAGGCCCUACAAGAAGAAGCAGGCCUCGAACCCAUCGCCAUGAAGACAUCUCAUACCCUAAAAGAAAUAGUAGGCUUAGAACCCAUCGCCAUGAAAACAUCCCAGGCCCUACAUGAAGAAGCAGGCCUCGAACCCAUUGCCAUGAAAACAUCCCAGGCCCUACAAGAAGAAGCAGGCCUCGAACCCAUCGCCAUGAAGACAUCCCAGGCCCUACGAGAAGAAGCAGGCCUCGAACCCAUCGCCAUGAAGACAUCCCAGGCCCUACAAGAAGAAGCAGGUCUCGAACCCAUCGCCAUGAAAACAUCCCAGGCCCUACCAGAAGCAGCAGUCCUAGAACCCAUCGCCAUGAAAACAUCCCAGGCCCUACCAGAAGCAGCAGGCCUCGAACCCAUCGCCAUGAAGACAUCUCAUACCCUAAAAGAAAUAGUAGGCUUAGAACCCAUCGCCAUGAAAACAUCCCAGGCCCUACAAGAAGAAGCAGGCCUCGAACCCAUCGCCAUGAAGACAUCCCAGGCCCUACAAGAAGAAGCAGGCCUCGAACCCAUCGCCAUGAAGACAUCCCAGGCCCUACAAGAAGCAGCAGGCCUCGAACCCAUCGCCAUGAAGACAUCCCAGGCCCUACAAGAAGAAGCAGGCCUCGAACCCAUCGCCAUGAAGACAUCCCAGGCCCUACAAGAAGAAGCAGGCCUCGAACCCAUCGCCAUGAAGACAUCCCAGGCCCUACAAGAAGAAGCAGGUCUCGAACCCAUCGCCAUGAAAACAUCCCAGGCCCUACCAGAAGCAGCAGUCCUAGAACCCAUCGCCAUGAAAACAUCCCAGGCCCUACCAGAAGCAGCAGUCCUAGAACCCAUCGCCAUGAACACAUCCCAGACCCUACCAGAAGCAGCAGGCCUAGAACCCAUCGCCAUGACAUCCCAGACCCUACAAGAAGAAGCAGGCCUCGAACCCAUCGCCAUGAACACAUCCCAGACCCUACCAGAAGCAGCAGGCCUAGAACCCAUCACCAUGAAGACAUCCCAGGCCCUACCAGAAGCAGCAGGCCUCGAACCCAUCGCCAUGAACACAUCCCAGACCCUACCAGAAGCAGCAGGCCUAGAACCCGUCGCCAUGACAUCCCAGACCCUACAAGAAGAAGCAGGCCUCGAACCUAUCGCCAUGAAGACAUCCCAGACCCUACAGGAAGCAGCAAGUCUAGAACCCAUCGCCAUGAACACAUCCCAGACCCUAUCAGAAGCAGCAGGCCUCGAACCCAUUGCCAUGAAGACAUCCCAGACCCUACAAGAAGCAGCAAGUCUAGAACCCAUCGCCAUGAAGACAUCCCAGACCCUACAAGAAGCAGCAAGUCUAGAACCCAUCGCCAUGAAGACAUCCCAGACCCUACAAGAAGCAGCAGGCCUCGAACCCAUCGCCAUGAAGACAUCCCAGGCCCUACCAGAAGCAGCAGGCCUAGAACCCAUCGCCAUGAACACAUCCCAGACCCUACCAGAAGCAGCAGGCCUAGAACCCAUCGCCAUGAAGACAUCCCAGACCCUACAAGAAGCAGCAGGCCUAGAACCCAUCGCCAUGAAGACAUCCCAGACCCUACAAGAAGCAGCAAGUCUAGAACCCAUUGCCAUGAAGACAUCCCAGACCCUACAAGAAGCAGCAGGCCUCGAACCCAUUGCCAUGAAGACAUCUCAGGCCCUACAAGAAACAGACCUAGAAACCAUUGCUAUGAAGACAUCUCAUAUCCUAAAAGAAAUAGUAGGCUUAGAACCCAUUGCCAUGAAGACAUCUCAGGCCCUACAAGAAAUAGUAGGCUUAGAACCCAUUGCCAUGAAGACAUCUCAGACCCUACAAGAAGCAGCAAGUCUAGAACCCAUUGCCAUGAAGACAUCUCAGACCACACAAGAAGCAGUAGGCCUACAACCCAUUGCCCUGAAAUCUCAGACAGUACAAGAAACAGACCCAGGCCCCAUUGCUAUGGCAGUGACCCCUCAGAUCCUACAAGAAGUAGAUCUAGAACCCAGUGCUGUGACAUCUCAGCCAUUACAAGAAGUAAGCCCAGAACCUAUUGCUGCAGCAAUGACCUCUCAGACUCUGCAAGAAGAAAUGGGCUUCACAUUAGGCCUGGAGACUAUUGCCAUGGAGAUGUGUCAGGCUGACAGGACCCAAGUAACACCAGAGACCCUCCCUGACAUGGGGCAGGAGGAGGGAGAGGGAGAGAAACAAGAGUGCCCCCAGAACGAAGAAGAGCCAUCUCCGGCUGAAGGACUGGACUCAAGGGAGGGCCUUGUCGCCUGUUCCAAUACAGAUGAGGAAGCUGAACCAUUGUCCCUCCAGAGAGAAGCUCUGCCUGAGGCUUGGGAGCUGGCAUGUGGCCAAGACCAAGAUAUGGAGGGGCAGGAGGGGCUAGUUGGUAAGGAUGAAGGCUUGAACCCUGUGGAUGAGCAAAGUUACGUAGUCAUUUCCAAAGGCUCUGAGGAUGCUCUGUCAAGGGAUGUCAGUGGGGAACGGUGUCCCUCUGUCUCCCUGGAGUGUUCCCUUCAGUGGCAUCCAUGCCAUCUGGAAGAUGAACCAAAUUUGGAAAAUGAGGGCCCUGUUGGUGAGAAUGAGAGCUCAGAACAGCACUUGGUCUCUCCCACAGAGAUGGAUUUUGUGUCAGGGUCACUGGAUGCUAUCCGAUCCUCUAAGGAGAUUGGAGCUCCAGGGCCCAGUUCUGGACCUAGUCUGGAACAAACAGAUGUCCUGGGGAAGGAGUUACUGGGAGAGGUUGAAUUUAAUCUGGAGGAAAAGUGCCCAGAGGAGCCAGCUGAGGCGGCUUUAUCCACUGAUGGAAUCCCAGAACCCAGUGAAGGCCUUGAGCCUGUGCUCAGAGCAAAGGAGUCCCAUGGUACCCCAGGGGAAGGUUCCCCAGGGUCGCCUGAGGGCCUCCAGAUAAAGGCUAACUUGAGGGGGGAUACUGAACAGGCAUCCUUCCUCAGGUCAGAAGAGGAGGUGCCAGGUUCCUCAUUCCCAGAGGAUCUGUCUGACCUCACCUUCCUGCUCAAGUCCCAAGAGACUUUGGUUUUUGCUCCUGUGCCCGCCGUAGGCACUGACAAGUCUCAUGACCCCAAACUUCUGGUGGAGAGAACUCCUUCCUCUGUUUUGUCCUCAACUGACUGUUCCCUUGAAGAACCAAGUGGUCCAUCUGAAGAGAAGAGAACCCUGCCUCAGAGCUCCCUGGGCAGGGAGAAGUCACCAAAUCCAGCAGGUGGCCCAAACACAAAGUUAGGGAAAUCACAGCCCUGUUCUGCCGCUCCUGUGCCUACCUUCAGGGAGGCCCAGAGCCCUUCUGCCCCAGUUAUCCUAACGCCCAGCCCAGCAGCUCCCCAGUCCUCUUCUAGCCCAGAGGCCUCAAGCAAUAAGGGCCCCCCACUUCCCUUGGCCCAGAAGCAAGAAGGGGGUAGGGUGGAGGGAACAGUCUCUUCUUCAGCCUGGGCUGUCUCAGGGAACAUGCCCCCAUCGGCCUUGUGCCCAUCAGACCUGGGCACAGUAGCAACGCGGAAAGCAGGAUCUCCCCGGCACCGUUCCCCAAGGGGUCAAGUCCUAGUAUCCCCCAGAACACCAACCUCAAAAGCGGUCCCUUAUGCCAAAGACCAGGCCCCAGCAGGGUCUCCUGAGGUGAUCUCAAACCCAUGCUCCAGGGGGCUCUGGGCAGGACAGGCUCCCCUGGGGGGCUCUGUGCCUCAGGUGGUUCCCAAGCCCCUCCCUCCCAGCCAAGUGCCUCCAGGCCCUGCUCCUGGCCCAGGGCUUUGGGCCCCAACUCACUCUAGAGGGGGGCCUGCUGCUGCUCGGCGGGAGGAGUGCAGCCCUGGAGAUGUAACCCCUCCAACAGGACCCCGGCUGAGCAGAGAAGGUACGGAUCGUCCACCUCUCCAGGGCUCAGUGCAAUCACAGUCGAGCUCCUCGAGCGAGGCAGACCCCCCUUCACGAUGCACAGAGGUGGAGGAGCUACAUCAAACAACUAGCAUGGCCCUGCGCCCAGUCCCUGGGGCUCUCCCCAAUCACAGGGCAUCCCGCAAUGAUUCUGAGAGCAAUGGGGAGUCUCUCCCCGAGUUGGAGGAGCCAGACGGUACCGACCCACGGACUGCACCACCUCAGGCCCAGCUGGCCCACUCCAUGGGAAGUGGUGAAGAGAACGUCAGUAAAGCCAAGCAGAGCCGCAGCGAGAAGAAGGCUCGGAAGGCCAUGUCAAAACUGGGCCUGCGGCAGAUCCACGGAGUCACCCGAAUCACCAUCCGGAAGUCUAAAAACAUUCUCUUUGUCAUCUCCAAGCCUGAUGUCUUCAAAAGUCCAGCUUCAGACAUCUACAUAGUCUUUGGGGAGGCUAAGAUUGAGGACCUAUCCCAGCAAGUGCACAAGGCAGCAGCAGAGAAGUUUAAGGUGCCAGCCGAACCUUCACCCAUCAUCACGGAGACUGCACCAGGCGUCAGCGUCAAGGAGGAGAGUGAAGAGGAGGAGGUGGACGAGACGGGCCUGGAGGUGCGUGACAUUGAGCUGGUGAUGGCUCAGGCCAACGUGUCUCGAGCGAAGGCUGUCCGGGCUCUGCGACACAACAAUAAUGAUAUCGUCAAUGCCAUCAUGGAGCUGACCAUGUAGCCACUGCCCUGCCCGGCCAGCUCCACCCCACUCCCUUUUGCCCCUGCAUCCCUCAACUUAAUGCUGCUCAAUAAACCUGUAUUCACUCCC